CAACUUGUCACUUGUAAAAUUUCGCCAAGUAUUAAAGAGGACCUAAAUAAUAACCUAAAAUACUGAAAUAAAGUACAAUAUUUUAAAAUGGAACUCAAUGAACGGAUUUUAAAUUAUUUAAACGAUCUUGAUAAAGUCGAUACUUUAAAACUAGCCGAUGAAUUCGGUGAAGAUCAUCAAAAGAUAAUAGGUGCUGUGAAAAGUAUCGAAGCACUGGACAUGGUAAAGUCUGAACCGCUGAAGACCACUAGAUGGGAAUUAACAGAAGAAGGCCAGCAAGUCGCUGAUAAUGGUAGUCAUGAAGCAAUUGUUUACAGAAGUAUACCAGAUAGUGGAAUUUCUCAAGCAGAACUCAUGAAAAGUGUACCGAAUGCUAAGGUGGGUUUUAGCAAAGCAAUGUCUGCAGGAUGGAUACUUAUAGACAAAUCUGGAGGAGCACCACUAGUGAAACGCAAAGCAUCAUGCAUUACAGACUCAGUACAAGACCAUUUGAAUGAGAUCAAAAAAGGCAUAGACAAUCUGCCAGAUAAUGUCAGAAAUGACUAUAAAAAAAGAAAACUGCUACAAGAGAUCACAUUAAAAAGUUUUCUACUAACAAAAGGGCCACAGUUUUCAACAACUAUAACAAAGUUGGAAACUGAUUUGACAAGUGAUAUGCUUUUAUCUGGUUCUUGGAAGCAAUUGCAGUUCAAGCCAUAUAACUUUGAUGCAUUAGGACAGCCGCCAGAUUGUGGGCACUUGCAUCCACUGCUCAAAGUGAGGUCGGAGUUCAGGGAGAUCUUCUUAGAGAUGGGUUUCUCAGAGAUGCCGACUAACCAGUAUGUGGAGAGCUCCUUCUGGAACUUCGAUGCAUUGUUUCAGCCACAACAGCACCCCGCUAGGGAUGCUCAUGACACAUUUUUCAUUUCAUCUCCGGCAUCAACAACAGACUUUCCCAUGGAUUACUUAGAGAGAGUGAAGAAAGUCCAUAGUGAAGGAGGAUAUGGGUCACAGGGUUACAGAUAUGACUGGAAGGUGGAGGAAGCACAAAAGAACUUGCUCCGCACACACACGACAGCAGUGAGUGCUCGCAUGCUGUACCACCUGGCGCAGCAGAAGGAGUUCACGCCGCAGAAGUACUUCAGUAUUGAUAAGGUGUUCCGCAACGAGACGCUGGACGCGACGCACCUGGCGGAGUUCCAGCAGGUGGAGGGCGUGGUGGCGGCGCGCGGGCUGGGGCUGGCGGACCUGCUGAGCGUGCUGGACACCUUCUUCCGCCGGCUCGGCUUCCAGCGGCUGCAGUUCAAGCCCGCCUACAACCCUUACACGGAGCCCAGCAUGGAGAUAUUCGCUUAUCAUACAGAUCGUGAUAAUUUAGCCGCACGUUCGAUGCACAGGGCUGGGCAAGUGGAUAGAGAUCGGCAACUCGGGCGUGUUCCGGCCGGAGAUGCUGCGGCCGAUGGGGCUGGGCGCGGACGUGAGUGUGAUCGCGUGGGGGCUGUCGCUGGAGCGCCCCACCAUGAUCAAGUACGGCCUCGACAACAUCCGCGACCUGGUGGGGCCGCGCGUCGACCUGCGCAUGGUGCAUCGCAACCCCAUAUGCAGGAUACAACAAUAAAUUACGUCCUCUUAUAUCUCUGUCUUUUAUUGUAAACCUUUAUGUCAGAC